AUCUUCUAAUUUCGCUUCUUAAGCAAGAGCACUAAAAAGUAAAAUUAGAUAGACUGCAAAAGAUAUAGAAAAAAUAACUGUAGAAAUGGGAGAACCAUCAUCACCGCGCACGUCCGUGACUAAGGAAGACGUUAGCAACUUGUUGAAUAUUUCCAAAGCGGUAUCUAGAGGAAAACCUAGAACCAGCACCACGCUUCUGGCCAUGCAAGAGAGUCUCAGGGAUAAACAGGCAAGAUUCAAAGAACAGCGAUAUGCAAGAUUUCAAGAAUUGCAGCUCCCUCAAAGACAUAUCUGCGACAUGGUGGCUAAUUAUUUAGGCAUUGAGGCCAAUGAUGUUUUAGAAGGUGCGGCCGAUGAAGACAGUUUCAUUCAGUUGCUUAACUCCUUGUUGGAAAAAGGCGGCACCAAGAGCCUGCUAUUUUUCUAUCAAGACGGAGGCAUUUACGCAUUGGAAACUGGGCGAUUUAAUCCAGCUCUAAAAGCGCCGAUUAAGCGCAUCUUUGUCACAAAAGGAGUUCGGCCGGCUCUGGUUGAGCGGGCCGUUGCGGUGUUCAAAACGAAAAAUAUUGCCUUGGAAUUGCGGAACAUCAACGAUGAAAUCUGCUUUGUUCAAAUCGACAUGGAGCAAGGCAAGGGAAAUGUGGCCUCAAUAGCAUUCGAUAUUUUCUCCCAACUGAUCAAAUCGCCCUUAGAGCUCUCGAAAGAAUGGGGCGAUCUUCCCAAAACCGCAAUGGGCAUGAUGCAAAAAUUGAACUUUAUGGGAGAUUGGGCGGCCUUUGUCGAGUUUCUCAACAAAACCAAACUGGACUUGGAAGGAAUCGUGAUCUUCAACAUGGACCCUGAUCUGCUCGAAGUACUAUCCGACGAAGACCGACGGUCUAAACUGUACUUCAACGCACAAAUGAUCCAAAAAAUCGAAAGCCAAGUUCGCGUUUGGCACAAGCUAAUUGAACGGUGUUUGGUGCAGUACAAUCAAAUCCGAAGAGAAAAUGAGUUUGUCGGGCCCAACGUUGAAGUGGAGUACUGGCGAAGACAACUGGCUCGAUUCACUAGCAUAGUGGAUUUUUUGGAAAAAGACGACAGCAACUUAUUUAUAACGUUCCUCGGCUCCUGCUCGCGAUCAGUGAUUUUGAAGAUAUGGAAAAAACACGUGGAUUCAGUCUACGAUACUCGCAAUGAAUGUUCCGACAACCUAAAGUACCUCUACUCCAUGGAGAAGUACUGGGAGCCUUUCUAUCGGUUGGAGCCUCCUCAACUGGUUACACACAUUCCUCCUUUGCUUCACGCUAUUCGAAUGGUCUUCACCACGUCACGGUACUACAAUAGUACCGGCAACGUUACAGCGAUUUUAGUGAAAGUCUCCAAUCAGAUCAUCAAAAAGUGUCGGGAUUAUUUGGAUUGUGAAGGCACCAGAACGGUGUGGAACCAACCGAAAGCUGUGGUCCUGGACAAGAUCAAAACAUGUCUGGACGUGUACCUGAAGUACUACCAGUGCUUUAGACGCACCAAGAAGCAGAUGGAGGAUGAGGGUGAAAAACCUUUUGAGUGUUCGGAGAGUUUCAUUUUUGGGAAAUUUGAAACGUUCAAAAAACGAUGCGAACAGAUAGUUUACGUAUUGCAAACUACCACAAAAUACUCGAUUUUACAAGCCAGCACCAUCGAGGACAUUGAUGUGUACGCGAAGAAAUUCGUGGACUUUUACAAGAACAUUUCGUCGCAAAAAUACGACGCUUUGAAUCAUCGGUUGCCGUACUUUGAGAAGGACUAUAAUCAGUUCAAGCAGAACGUUGUCGACACCGAAUGGGAGUUGGAGGAGUUUGUGGGGGCUUUGCUUGAAAAAAUGACCGAUGUUGACAACAUUCUACGACUCCUUAAGAGAUUUGAGAAGCUCAACUUGGAGUGUCUGCAUUUGGAGGAAAGAUACCUGGAAGCGAUGAUGUUGUUCCAAUAUGAAAUAGAAAAGCUGAGAGACAGGUAUAAUGAAGGUCGGCAAUCGCCGGUGGUUCCCCGCAAUAUGCCACCAGUCAGUGGAAGAAUUUGCUGGAUUCGUCAGUACUAUUCCCGCAUAACCGAACCGAUGGAGGUUUUUAAAACCAAAACAAAAGUAAUGCAGCAUAGAAAAGUGCAAAAGUGCAUUCAGCUGUUCAACGCCAUGUCCUUGUGCUUCGUGCACUAUGAGAAUAUUUAUCAUGACGCUUGGUUUGAUUAUGCCGGACAAGUCAAGAUUUGCUUAAUCAAGCCAAUUAUGACCAAGGAUGAGAAAACCAGGCGGUAUCUUGUCAACUUCCAUCCAUACAUUUCCGAAGUUAUCCGCGAAGCCGAGUACAUGUACAAACUUGACUUAGAGGUUCCAGAUGUGGGCCAGGUUCUAGUGUUUUGCAAAGACAAGCUUCUAAACUCCUGCGAAAUAGUUAAGGCGCUAAUCCAACGCAACGACAGAACACGAUCCACAAUUCCUCAACUGUUCCUGCCCAUGAUGCGGGUACAGCUGCUGAAAAUGGAAAACAUUUUCAUGCCAGGUUUUUCCACUGUUACGUGGACCUCGACGAAAAUUCCCGAGUUCUGCAAGGAUGUUACUGAAGUACUCGACUAUAUUGAAAUGUUUGUGAAAGAAGUGAGAGAUAUGAAAGAGGCAAGAAUUGACGAGGUUUUAGAAACGAUAGCAAUGACUUGUUUGGUCUUCCUGCCUAACGAACCGAUCGCUCCCAGUGAGUUUUUGCAGGAAAACAUCAAAUAUGGACAGGAAAUUAUAAAAGAGCUGAAACUCAAAUCCAUAACAAUCGAGAGAUGUGUUAAGGAGCUCAUUGACAAAUUCUUGAGCGUCAUAGAGCAGCCAGAGUUGCAGGAAAACAAAUAUAAUUGGCUGGAUCCUGUAAGGGCGGUGAAACCUAUCGGAUCCACUUCGCGGUUGCUUACCUCAGCUGAUGCAGCGUUCAAGGAAAUUGACAGGAAUUUCCCUCUGGAUCUCACAAACAUACACAACGACUGCAUCGAAAUGUUCGCUUACUUCAAUAUGAAGCUUACCGAUGCGCUGAUCAAAGCCACGAAGUUUUCCUUGGAAAAAGUGAAACUUCGAGCCACCAGUAUUGGAGAGGAAAUACCGUUGAUGUGCACCUCAAUGAUUCUGCAAAUCCCGCUGGCCACAAUCAGUCCGAAUCUGGACGAUAUUCAGAACCAUUUUUCGCAGGUUUUGCAAAAUAUUCUCGAUAUCAACAAGUACAUACCGUUGUGGGGCCAGCGGGAGAUAAAAACUGCUCUGAAAGGAGAGGAAGUUCUGCGGAUUCAAAAUCAAAACUACUACAAGUCAGUGAGUGAAAAUAAGGAAAUUGUUAGAGUGUAUAUGAGCCUUCAAGGAGUAAUGUACCUUUUGAGCCCCGAUGUGACCAGUUUACUGGAUACAUACCUGGAAUGGAAAUACUUAUGGGUCGAGGACAGAGAUAAGAUAAUUGAUGAAUUCUGCGAGAAAGAUCCUCUUAUUGUGGAGAUUGCUGAAAGAUUCUCCGAAUACGAUGCCCGAGCGGAGGCGAUCCGGCAACUUCCCGAAAGACAUGAUGUUGGCGCAAUAAGAAUCACUUUGGCUGACAUUAAGCUAGCCUUUCUAAUUGAAUCGGAAGCAUGGAAGCACAUCAUGGGCAAAAACCUUAGCGAACGCUACAAGAAAAAGCUCACCAACAUGGUGGAGUUUAUCAAAACGCAGGAAAAGAUCCUCAACAAGCCCAUCAAAGACUUAGAUGAUUGCAGAAAUGCCAUGAACUGCCUGGAAAUAAUCCGCGAAAACUUUAUCGAAAUGGACCUGGACUUGAGCCUAAUGGAAGAAGCCUACAGCACGUUCGGCAAGUUCAAAAUCGACACACCAAAAGAGGAUAUUGAGCGCGUGGAAAGUCUGCGAUUCAACUUCCAAAGCAUGGUCAAUCACUCCAAGGCUGUUCAGGAAGACAUCUGUACGGUUCAAGGGCCCUUAUUGGAAGAACUUACUGCUGGCGUAGCCAACUUUAAAGAAGAAGUGGAGGCCUUUGACAAGGACUUUGAAGAGAAAGGCCCGAUGGUUCCCGGUUUGAGUGCCAGAGAGGCCAGUGAUCGAGUGCUGCUUUUCCAGGAUCGUUUUGAUGAGUUGUGGAGGAAGUUUGAGAUGUACAGCAGUGGCGAGAAAUUGUUUGGGCUGGAAGUAAACGACUACCCAAUUCUGCAUCAAAGAAAGAAGGAAUUUACUCUGCUAAAUAAACUAUAUGGACUCUACUUGGCCGUCAAUCAUAGCAUCGACGGCUACUUCGAUAUCCUGUGGAGCGACGUCGAUACCGAAGUCAUAUUUGCCGAGCUCCAGGAGUUCCAGAACAGGUGCCGCAAGCUGCCUAAAGCCAUGAAAGACUGGCCGGCCUUCAUCGACUUGAAGAAGAAAAUUGACGACUUCAGCGAAACGUGUCCAUUGCUGGAAAUGAUGGCCAAUAAGGCAAUGAAAGACAGACACUGGAAGCGGAUGGCCAAUUUGACCGGCUACCUUUUCGAUGUUGAAAGCCCCACGUUCACUUUGAGGAGCGUCAUGGAGGCGCCGCUGCUCAAAUACAAGGACGAUGUUGAGGAUAUUUGCAUCAGUGCAGUCAAAGAAAAGGACAUUGAAGCGAAGCUGAAGCAGGUGAUCGCCGAUUGGGCCAUAGUGGAACUGUCCUUUGGCAACUUCAAGACCCGAGGAGAGUUGCUGCUCAAAGGAACAGAGACUGGAGAAAUUAUCACCACUUUGGAGGACAGCUUGAUGGUGAUGAAUUCGCUGUUGAGCAACAGGUAUAAUGCGCCCUUCAAAAAAGACAUCCAAUUGUGGGUGCACAAGCUGGUGACCACCUCGGAAAUUCUGGAAAAGUGGCUGAUUGUGCAAAAUCUCUGGGUCUAUCUAGAAGCCGUUUUCGUAGGCGGCGAUAUCGCCAAGCAAUUGCCGCAAGAAGCCAAGAGAUUCACUAACAUCGACAAAUCCUGGAUCAAAAUAAUGAUGAGAGCACAUGAAAUUCCCAACGCUGUAGAAUGUUGCACUGGAGACGAAACAAUGGGGCAGCUUUUGCCACAUUUAUUGGAACAACUGGAAACUUGCCAGAAGAGUUUGACUGGGUAUUUAGAAUCCAAACGACUGUGCUUUCCCCGGUUCUUCUUCAUAUCCGAUCCAGUGCUGCUUGAAAUUCUGGGACAGAGCUCUGAUCCCACUUCCAUCCAGGCCCAUUUGCCAAGUUUAUUCGAUGCGGUUUUCACCGUGGACUUUGAUGAGAAGCAAACUGAUGCCAUCACUGCGAUGAACUCCAGCUUGGGAGAAAAAGUUCUCUUUGAAAAAUCGGUGGUUUGCACAGGUGGGGUGGAGUUUUGGUUAAACAAUCUUCUAGCCACAGUGCGAGAUACUGUCAAAGGAGUUAUUGCGGCUCAGGCGCAAUGUUUUGUGGAUCCAGACUAUGACUUCAUUGCCGGAUUUGUCACGUUUUGCGGUCAGGCUGGACUGGUUGGAAUCCAGACCCUUUGGACUAAGGAGGCCGAGGUGGCCAUUCGACGAGCCAGAGUUGACAAACUUAUCAUGAAGCUUACCAAUCAACGAUUCCUGGACCUUUUAAACAGUCUCAUCGAUCUCACUUCCAAGGAUUUGACCAAAAUGCAGCGGACUCAUUACGAAACUAUGGUCACAAUUCAUGUCCAUCAACGGGACAUUUUUGAUAACAUCUGCAAACUGAGAGUUAGGAACAUUCUGGACUUUGAAUGGCAGGCUCAGUGCAGAUUUUACUACAACGAUGAAAACGACGAUGUCUUGGUCAAGAUAACAGAUGUGAUCUUCCUUUACCAGAAUGAGUAUUUAGGCAUUACCGAGCGGCUGGCCAUCACUCCUUUAACGGAUAGAUGCUACAUUACCCUGGCUCAAGCUAUUUGGAUUAACAUGGGCGGAGCGCCAGCAGGUCCAGCAGGUACCGGAAAAACCGAGACAACCAAAGACAUGGGGAGAACAUUAGGAAAGUUUGUCGUUGUGUUUAACUGCUCCGAUCAAAUGGACUUUAGAGGAUUGGGCCGAAUUUUUAAGGGUUUGGCACAAUCUGGGACUUGGGGGUGCUUCGACGAAUUCAAUCGAAUCGAGCUGCCAGUACUUUCUGUAGCCGCCCAACAAAUCUACAUUGUUUUACAAGCGAGAAAGGAGAGAAAACCCGUGUUUGUUUUCAUGGAUGGGGAUAAUGUUACAAUGAAUAUAGAAUUCGGGAUUUUCUUAACAAUGAAUCCCGGCUACGCCGGACGGCAGGAGCUUCCAGAAAAUCUGAAAAUUAUGUUUAGAAGCGUGGCAAUGAUGGUUCCAGAUCGCCAAAUCAUCAUUCGAGUCAAAAUGGCCUCUUGCGGCUUCAAAGACAAUGUGAUUCUAUCCAGGAAGUUUUACACGCUCUAUCAGCUAUGCGAAGAGCAGCUGUCCAAGCAGGUGCAUUACGACUUCGGUUUGCGGAAUAUUCUAUCAGUUCUGCGGACUCUUGGAGCUCAAAAGCGGAGCCAUCCGACUGAUACAGAAGAAACAAUAGUGAUGAGGGUUUUACGGGACAUGAACCUCAGUAAACUAAUCGACGAAGAUGAGCCGCUGUUCUUGUCCCUCAUCGAGGACAUGUUUCCCGGAAUCAAACUAUCCGUCCAUUCCUGGAAGGACCUUCAGAAAGCUAUCGGUUACGUUUGCUCCGAAACUGGAUUAGUCAACUAUCCUUCAUGGAAUCUGAAGGUGAUUCAGCUGUACGAGACGUCUCUGGUGCGACAUGGACUCAUGGUUUUAGGUCCAACCGGAGCAGGAAAAACCAGAUGUAUGUACACUCUAAUGAAAGCGAUGACAGAAACUGGACUUCCUCAUAGAGAGCUGCGAAUGAACCCCAAGGCCAUAACGGCUCCUCAAAUGUUUGGAAGACUCGAUGUGGCCACCAACGAUUGGACCGAUGGUAUAUUUUCCACUCUUUGGAGACGGACUUUGAAGUUCAAGAAAAGUGACUACUGCUGGUUGGUUUUGGAUGGUCCAGUGGAUGCGGUUUGGAUAGAGAAUCUCAAUUCGGUUUUGGAUGAUAACAAAACGUUAACUCUGGCUAAUGGAGAUCGCAUUGUGAUGGCAGCCAAUUGCAAGCUGGUGUUUGAACCGGAUAAUGUGGACAAUGCCAGCCCAGCUACUGUAUCCAGAAUGGGGAUGGUGUUUAUGAGCUCUUCAGUCCUUCCGUGGGCGCCCAUUCUGGAUUCCUGGCUGAAAACCAGACAGCAGCAGGAAGCCGAUGUUUUACGAGGCAUUUUUGCCAAGUGCUUUGGCGACUUGCACACAUUUGUUCAGACAAAGUUGAAACCCAAAAUGUUUGUCCGCGAGGCGUUGUACAUCAGACAAUGCUACGAUGUUCUUCAAGGCAUUUUGGAUAUCUCAGAAGAGCCCAAGCAAUGGACGGACAAGCAGUUAGAGCGCCUGUUCAUCUUCGCCGUUAUGUGGUCAUUGGGGGCUCUUCUGGAGCUGGACGAUAGAGUCAAAUUGGAAGAAUAUGCGCUUUCUCAUCCCUCCAAGCUUGACUGGCCGAAGUGCAAGGAGAACGAAACUAUCUUCGAGUAUGUGGUCAAUGCCGACACUGGCAAAUGGGAACACUGGAAUGAGAGAGUGGAGGAAUUCUUGUAUCCCACGGACGCUGUCUUGGAGUUUACCAAUAUUUUGGUACCAAACGUGGACAACGUACGAACAGCGUUCUUGAUUCACAACACUGCCAAGCAGAAUAAAGCUGUGCUUUUGAUUGGUGAACCUGGAACGGCCAAAACAGUGAUGAUUAAAGGCAACUUGUCCACCUUUGAUCCCGACUUCAAACUGAGCAAGUCCUUUAAUUUUUCCUCUGCUACUACUCCGAACAUGGUUCAAAGAAUUAUCGAAAGUUAUGUGGACAAGCGAGUUGGGACGACUUAUGGACCGCCUGCAGGCAAAACGUUGACCGUUUUCAUUGAUGACAUCAAUAUGCCGGUUAUUAAUGACUGGGGCGAUCAGAUAACCAAUGAAAUUGUGCGCCAGCUGAUGGAAAAUGGAGGGUUUUACAGCUUGGACAGGCCGGGGGAUUUCUCCUAUAUCGUCGAUGUUAUGCUGGUGGCUGCCAUGAUUCAUCCAGGAGGAGGCAGGAAUGACAUCCCUCAUCGUUUGAAGAGGCAAUUUUGCAUUUUCAACUGCACCCUGCCCAGUACCACGUCCAUGGACCUGAUUUUCAGCCAAAUCGGCUGCGGUUAUUUCUGCAUCGAGCGCUUCACGGAGGAAAUAGUGGAGUUUCUGCCCAAACUUAUUCCCCUAACUCGUCAUGUCUGGCAGAAAACCAAGCAGAAAAUGCUGCCAACUCCCGCAAAGUUUCACUACGUCUUCAAUUUGCGAGAUUUAUCGCGCAUCUGGCAAGGCAUUCUAACCGUUCAAGGACUAGAGUGCCAGACGAAGACCCAACUGUUGAAGUUAUGGAGGCACGAGUGUCAGAGGGUGAUCUCAGACAGAUUUACGGUAAUCCCGGACAAGGUAUGGUUCGAGGAGGCUUUGAAAGCGCAAGCCAACGAAGAAUUGGGAGACGAUUUUGAGUUUUACACGGAGGGAGAAACGUAUUGGGUGGACUUCCUCAGAGAACCUCCAGAUGCAACUGGGGAUGAACCUGAUGACUUUGAUUUUAGCGCCCCAAAAAUAUACGAGGAAAUUCCAAGUUGGGACUUUUUGAAGGAGAAAUUAUUUGCAUUUAUGGCCGAAUACAACGACGCUGUUCGUGGUAGUCCAAUGGAUUUGGUCUUUUUCCACGACGCCAUGGUAAAUUUGAUGAUCAUUUCAAGAGUGGUACGAACCCCCAAAGGAAACGCCUUGUUGGUGGGCGUAGGAGGGUCUGGCAAGCAAAGUUUGACCCGACUUUCCUCGUUUAUUGCCAACUAUAAGAGUUUCCAGAUCCAACUAACGCGCUCCUAUAAUGUCAGCAACUUGAUGGAAGACAUGAAGUAUCUGUAUCGAGUGGCUGGGGAAGAAGGCAACGGAAUGACCUUUGUCUUCACGGAUAAUGAGAUCAAGGAAGAGACUUUCCUGGAGAGCAUCAACAACAUUUUGAGUUCUGGGGAAAUUGCGAAUCUGUUUGCCAAAGACGAAUUGGAUGAAAUCCAGUCCAACCUGAUUCCAGUUAUGAAGAAAGUGCAACCGAAACGUCCACCUACUGGAGAUAACUUGUACGACUUUUUCCUCACUCGAGCCAGACAGAACUUGCAUGUUGUUCUGUGCUUUUCACCGGUGGGCGAAAAGUUCCGAAGCAGAGCCCUGAAGUUCCCCGGACUGAUUUCCGGAUGCACCAUCAACUGGUUCCAAAAGUGGCCACAAGACGCGCUAGAGGAAGUCUCUCAACAUUUCCUAGGAAACUACGAAGUUGUGUCCACUCCGGAAGUGAAGCAAGAGCUCAUCUUUAUUAUGGCCGAGGUCCACGAUGGAGUCUCUGAUGUUUGCGACAAAUACUACGAAAAAUUCCGAAGGCGCACCUAUGUAACACCUAAGACCUUCAUUACGUUCCUAGCCGCAUAUAAGGGGCUGUACAGGAAGAAAGUUGAGGAUAUCGAAGUGUUGGCAAUUAGAAUGAAAACUGGCUUAUCCAAGCUGGUGGAAGCUCAGGUCAGCGUGGAUGUGCUCAGGACUGAAUUGGCUGUAAAGGAGAAGGAGAUGCUGGUGGCUACUGAAGCGGCUGAAAAGGUACUAGCUGAGGUGCUGGCGGCCAGCAAAGUAGCAACGCAAAUCAAGGAAGAAGCAACGAUAGUGAAGGAGAGAGCUGAAAACUUGGUGGCUCUCAUUAGUGUCGACCAGAAGGAAGCUGAAGCUAAGCUGCUGGCGGCAAAGCCUGCCCUGGAUGCGGCCGAAGCAGCCCUACAGACUAUCAAAGCUUCCGAUAUAGCAACGGUGAGAAAACUGGGCAAACCUCCCUACUUAAUUCUGCUCAUCAUGGACGCGGUGCUGAUCUAUUUCAAAAGAAAAAUCGACCCCAUAAAGCCAGACCCCGAAAAGGCCUUCUUGACUCCAUCAUGGAGCGAGUCUUUGAAGGUGAUGGCCGAUACAACCUUCCUACGACGUCUGCAGGAGUAUCCAAAAGACACAAUAAACGGGGAAGUAAUAGAUUUGCUGCAACCGUAUUUAAGCCAUCCCUUAUAUACGUAUGAAUCAGCAAAAACCGCCUGCGGAAAUGUUGCAGGUCUGAUCGCAUGGACCAUUGCAAUGGCGUCGUUUUACGAAGUAAAUCGGGAAGUUUUGCCCUUAAAAGCAAAUUUAGCCAUCCAACAAGUUAAAUUAACCAGAGCCCAAGAAGAACUUCAAGCCGCUAUGAGUUUGCUGGCGGAAAAAGAGGCAGAAGUUCGCCAGUGUCAAAGCGUUUAUGAAGAAGCAAUGGCAAAGAAACAGGAAAUUUUUGAUGCAGCGAUGAAGGUAAAGAACAAGAUGGACGCAGCCACUGCCCUAAUAGAUGGUCUGGCUGGUGAAAGAAUUCGCUGGACCGAUCAGCUGGCUCAGUUUAAAGCUGAAACCGAACGUCUUAUUGGAGAUGUUGUAUUGCUGACCGGGUUUCUCGGUUAUACGGGACCAUUUAAUCAGGAAUUCAGGUGUACGAUGCAGCAAACGUGGCUCGACUCUCUAACAAGACGCAAAAUCCCUGUAACAGUCAGCCUGAACAUUAUUGAGAGUUUAACCGAUAUUGCAACGAUUGGAGAAUGGAACAUUCAAGGCUUACCAACCGACGAUUUGUCGAUUCAAAACGGCAUUAUUGUAACCACCGCAUCCAGAUACCCGUUACUGAUUGAUCCGCAGAACCAGGGAAAAUCCUGGGUGAAGGACAAAGAGAAGAACAACCAGCUAAUCGUCACUUCUCUGAACGAUAAAUACUUUCGAAAUCACAUUGAAGAUGCAGUCUCAUUGGGGUACCCGAUGAUUAUCGAAGAUAUCGGGGAAGAACUCGAUCCAGUACUGGAUAACGUUUUGGAGAAGAACCACAUAAAGAUCGGUACCACUUAUAAAGUGAAAGUGGGAGAUAAGGAGGUGGACGUUAAUGACAGCUUCAGGAUUUACAUUACGACGAAACUGGCGAACCCAAAUUAUACGCCCGAGAUAUUUGCUAGAACUGCCGUCAUAGAUUUCACCGUUACAAUGAAGGGCCUGGAGGAUCAGCUACUGGGGCGGGUUAUCCUAACAGAGAAAAAGGAGCUGGAAACCGAAAGGACCAACCUGAUCAAAGACGUGACGGCUAAUCGGCGAAAAAUGCAGGAGCUUGAACAAAACUUGCUGUAUAAAUUGACCACGACCAAAGGGUCUUUGCUCGAUGAUGAUACAGUGAUUGACGUGCUAAAUGUGACCAAAAACACUGCGGCGGAAGUAAGGGAAAAGCUGCAAAUCGCCAAGGAAACUGAGAUAAAAAUCAACAUAGCCAGAGAAGAGUUCCGUCCUAUUGCCACCAGAGGCAGCAUUCUCUACUUCCUGGUGGUGAGCAUGUCAAUGGUCAAUUGCAUGUAUCAAACCUCUUUGGUGCAAUUUUUGGAACGCUUCGACAUCUCGAUGAUUGACUCGGAAAAAACUCCACUGAUCCAAAAACGCAUCCAAUUCAUCAUCGAGUACCUCACCUAUGAAAUCUUCAAGUACAAGUCCAGAGGACUGUACGAAUGCAACAAGUACAUGUUCGUUCUGCUCAUGUGCCUUAAUAUUGAUCUGGACCGGGAGCACAUUACGCAUGAAGAGUUUCAAAAUUUUAUUAAGGGCGGCGCCGCUCUGGAUUUGAACGAUUGUCCUCCAAAGCCUGCAAAGUGGAUCAACGAUUUGACGUGGUUGAAUUUGGUUGAACUGACCAAACUGAGACACUUUCAAUACAUUGUGCAACAAGUUUCAGCCAAUGACAAGCAGUGGAAGGUGUGGUUUGAUAAGGACGCACCAGAAGAAGCUGUUAUACCAGAUGGGUAUAAUAGCUUGGAUACUUUCAGGCGGCUGUUGAUUAUCAGAGCCUGGUGCCCUGAUAGGACAAUAACGCAAAGCAGAAAGUACAUAGCCAGUUCUCUUGGACAAAGGUUCGCCGAACCGGUGAUUUUAAACUUUGAAAUAAUGCACGAAGAAUCGCGGCCACUAACGCCGUUAGUUUGCUUCUUGAGCAUGGGCUCCGAUCCGACGCCUUACAUUGAAACACUGGCCAAACGUUUGGAAUUGAAAAGCAAAAGCAUUUCCAUGGGUCAGGGACAGGAGGUGCAUGCUCGGAAGAUGCUCAACAGUGCUAUGCAAGAGGGUUUCUGGGCAUUACUGCAAAACUGCCAUCUGUCGCUCGACUACAUGAACGAGGUCCUUUUUCAGUUUCUGGAUCUGGAAAAAGGCAUUGGUUCGGUUCAUCCGGACUUCCGGCUGUGGAUCACUACUGAGGUGCAUCCGAAGUUCCCCAUUAGUUUGUUGCAGAUUUGCAUCAAGUUUACUAAUGAGGCUCCGUCUGGGAUUCGUGCAGGUUUGCUAAGAACGUACACAUCGAUGAACCAAGAUAUGCUUGAUUACUCGGAUGCUUGGCAAUACAUUCCUCUGGUUUAUGCCAUAUCAUUUUUACACACCGUCGUUCAGGAGCGUCGCAAGUUCGGCCCUCUCGGCUGGAACAUUCCCUACGAAUUCAAUUCGGCCGAUUGGCUCUCCAGCUGCUUGUUCCUGCAAAACCACCUGGAUGACCUGGAUCCAAAAAGGGGAAUCAGCUGGCAAACUUUACGGUACAUGUUGGGGGAGGUUCACUACGGCGGCAGAGUGACGGACGACUUUGAUAAAAAGCUGCUGAAUACAUUCUGUCGAGUGUGGUUUAGCGACGAUGUGUUUAAAGACGACUUUAUGUUCUACAAAGGAUACAAGAUAGUCAGGUUCAAGAACGUGGCCGACUAUUUGGCCUAUAUUGAUGGGUUUCCCACCACUGAUCCUCCUCAGGCGUAUGGGCUGCACUCUAACGCGGACAUUACAUAUCAAACCAAUACAACUAUUCAAAUGUUUGAUACAAUGUUGGCAAUUCAGCCCAAAGAAUCUGGAGGUGGCGGUGGUGAAUCAAGAGAAACCGCAGUCGGCCGGCAAGCCUCGGAUAUGUUGUCCAAAUUGCCGAAGAAUUAUGAUCCAUUUGAAGUGAAAGAAAGAUUAAAAGCAAUGAACUUGCUGAACCCGUUAAACAUCUUUCUACGACAAGAAAUCGACCGAAUGCAACGCGUUAUCAGCUUGGUAAGAUCGACGUUGAGUGAUCUUCUGCUGGCCAUCGAAGGAACCAUCAUAAUGAGCGAAGCCCUAGGAGAUGCUCUGGAUAGCAUCUACGAUGCAAAAGUGCCUGGCAUCUGGAUCCGGGGUUCUUGGGAAGCGAACACUUUGGGCUUUUGGUUCACCGAACUCAUCGAGCGUGAUACUCAGUUUAGAACCUGGUGCUUCGGAGGUCGCCCACUCUGCUUUUGGUUGGCCGGUUUCUUCAAUCCCCAAGGCUUUUUGACCGCCAUGAAGCAAGAAGUGGCUCGAGCGCAUAAAGGCUGGGCUUUGGACCAAGUCAGUAUUCUAAACGACGUCACCAAGAGCAUGAAGGAGGAAAUAAACAAUGCACCUCCGGAAGGCGUUUUGAUCUACGGGCUGUUCCUGGAUGGAGCCGGAUGGGACAGAAGACAUAGCAGACUAAUGGAGUCGACCAACAAAGUGCUCUACACGGUGAUUCCUGUAGUGCAUGUGUAUGCAAUCAAUUCAACCGAUCCCAAACCCCCUACUCUCUAUACGUGCCCUGUUUACAAAAAAGCCCGAAGAACUGGCUUGAAUUUUAUCACCGUUCUUUGGAUGCAGACAGCGAAGCCUCCAGAGCAUUGGUGUCUUCGGGGCGCUGCUUUGCUUUGUGACAUUCAGUGAACAAACGCUAGGUUUUAUGUUAGACAAUGUUUCAAAGUUGAAUUAAAGCGGUUUAAAAAAUGUA